AACACGACCAAAAUUUGUUAUUCAUUCCUGCUCGGCAGCAGAAUAUUUGAUAAUCCUCUCGAGUUCAAACGGAACGGCACUCAGGUCACUAAUUAAUAACAGCGGCGGAUGGCGCAGUGAUCCCCUCGCAGCCUAUGUGUAGGUAUAGCUGAAAUGAAACGCGUCCAGCUGCGUUUAGUCGAGUGCCGGUUCUGAAUCAGUAAAGAUGAGUAUUUUCGAUUGCUUGACCGUUCGGUUCCGAUCGCUGUUGUUCGUAUUGGCGCUUUCAGCGAUUGUCGUGCAUGGAGAAGAGGAUUUAGUAGUUGUGGGAGAUGAGUGCAUCGUUCAGCGCACAAACGCGGCCGGAGUCUGCCGGGCCGUAUCCGAUUGCCCCUCGGUGAUCGAUGACAUUCGAAACCGGCGUGCGAAUCCGACCAAGUGUGGCUUUCUAGGUCGGGUUCAAAUUGUUUGCUGUCCAGAUGGAGUCCAGCCUAAAACAACAACCUCGACAAGUGCCCCGUUGACCCCAUCGGCGAUGAGUAAUCAUCCACGGAUUGCGGAAAAGUGCAUCGAGUACGGGGAAGCCGUCUUCUCGAAAGAGUACGUCAACUCGGUCGGUGCGGAAGAGCCGAAGCUGCAACGGCUGGACAAAUGCGGCCACAAAGCGAUUGAGCUGGUGGUGAACGGAGAAGCGGCUAAAUCGCGGGAAUUCCCCCACAUGGCACUGAUUGGAUAUGGUGUGGCACCAGAGGUGCGCUACCUGUGCGGCGGUUCAUUGGUCUCCGAUAGAUUCGUUCUGACCGCGGGCCAUUGUAUCAAUUCCCCGGAAAGCGGCCCCGCCACCACAGUCCGCCUCGGAGAGCUGGCACUGGAUUCCUCGAACGACGAGGCCUUCCCGGAAGAUUUCAAAAUUGCCGAAACGAUUCCCCACCCGGACUAUCGUCUGACGUCCCAGUACAACGACAUUGCCCUGAUAAAACUGGACCGCAAGGUGAUCCUAUCGCCGUACAUUCGACCGAUUUGCUUGCCGAUGAGCGGUGAACUGAAAAACCGACGGGCCAUCGCCACCGGAUGGGGCACUAUUGGAUAUGGAGAAGCUACCAGUCCCAUAUUGUUGAAGGUGGUGCUGGAUAUGUUUGGGCAUGAGGAAUGCUCGGUGCAGUUUGAGGCGAACCGGAAGCUCAAGGAUGGACUGAAUGCGGUAUCGCAGAUUUGCGCGGGGUCGAGGGAUUCCUCGAAGGAUACUUGCCAGGGAGACUCUGGAGGACCGUUGCAAAUUUACAACGACGAAGGUGUCUACUGUACGUAUACGAUAAUCGGAGUGACAUCCUUCGGAAAGUACUGCGGUUUGGCGGGAUCACCUGGCGUCUACACCAAGGUCUACCCGUACAUAUCGUGGAUUGAAAAUUUAAUAUUCUAAAUACAGACGAUGAAAUAAACUUACCUCAUUACUGAUAGACGUCGCUCAUGAA